AUGUCCGUCGACGGAGAAGGUGAUGUCUCGUUGACUCAAAAGGUCCCCCCUACUCUUGACUCCUUAGACAAUAGGCUCAGAGAUAUGUUUGACAACUUUGCCCUCCAGUUUGACGCUAUGUCCAAGAGGUUAGUCGCUUUUGAUACCCGUAUUGAGGAGUUGUGUACCCGUGUGGAUGAUGGUGAUACUGAGAUUAGGACAAAUUUCCAGCAACUUCAGGCGAAUGUCAACCGUGAUUUUAUAAAUAUUCAGAACGAUCUCUCUCAUCAACAACUAUGCUGUCAGGAAACCCAGAAAACCAACACCCUCACAUAUCACAAAAUCCAAGACACUGUCAAAACCCUCACUAGUAGAGUAAGCAUGGUCGAAGGUCAAUCUGCCCGUCUAGCUGUCCUGGGAAAUGUUGUUCGAAACCCUUAUCUCUGCCCCUAA